AAAACAAUUACGAAAGCUAAAAGAUUAGCAGCGAUCGAAGCGCAGGGGAGGAGGAACACCGUCACCGUAGCGCGUGGAUGCAAUAAUUACAAACGCGCUGCCCUCCAAUAAAAUUAAACCAGGUCGAUCUUACUGUUCUACCCAGUUCAUCCUUGGAUUUUCGUUUCCUUAUCGUAUUGCUUUAUUCUGUUCUUUUAAUUUUCUCCGUGUUUGAAAAAGGUUUCCGUAAUUCUGUGUGAAACCCAAAUUACUGUAUUCUCAAUUUUGGAAUUUUAUCCCUAGUUUUUCCUUUUCUUUGCUUCUUUAUUCAAUUCAUAUGGUGAAUUCAGGAAAAGUGGGAUUUUUUUUUCUGUUAGUGUAGUAUAGUUUGUCCUUUUCACUGUUUGAAAAAAUUUUCCUUUCGCUUUUCUGGGAUAAAUUUUAGUAGUCCUUUAUAGUCCAACGAACUCCCUGGAGCACGUAAUUUGAGCUCGUUUACUUUGUGGGUUUUGUUGAUUUUUCUUUCAGAAUUCAGUAACCAAGCUAAAAAAACCCCCGAAGCACUGUUCCUGCCACGCCUCAAUUUUGUAUGACCAGAUACUAAGAAUUAGGGCUUGGGGUUCGGAUUGAAGAGGGUAUUUUCUGUCACUUGCGUUUCGUUGGAGAUAUCUGGGUUUCUUGCAGUUCCGUUUUUGAUGAUUGUUUGGAACUCAGAAAUUGAAAUGCCGUCCUGUCGGCUUUCCUCCCGAAUUGACACUUUAGAAUUGAAAGCUCAGAUCAUCAGGAAGCUCGGACAUGAAAAGGCAGAGAAAUACUUCAGUCUCCUGAACCGAUUACUUAAUCUCAGGCUUAGCAAACCUGAGUUCGAUAAGCUCUGCAUUACUACUAUCGGGAGGAAGAAUCUCUAUCUUCACAACCGGCUUAUUGGAGGCAUUGUCAAGAACGCUUGCAUUGCCAAGACUCCCCCAUCCAGAGGGAGCAGAAUAGAAGGCUCUCUUAGUGUUAAAAUUUCUAAUGGUAAUCAAAGGAUUAGUGUUGACACGCUCUCUGGAGAUACAUUCUCUCCAUCCCCCCGGAAGGGGAAGUCUCCAAAUCAUCGAGAUCUCAAGUUUAGGGACCGCCCAAGUCCACUUGGGCCCCUUGGUAAGGUCCAGAGUAUCAUGUCUGAUGAAUCAACCCCUAGGACUCAAGGGCAACAAAGUGCUACAGAACUGUUUUCUCUCAGUGGCAGACCUCCUGCUGAAGUUGUCUCUGUAGAAGAUGGGGAAGAAGUAGAACAGGUGACUGGCAGUCCAAGUAUUCAAAGUAGAAGCCCAGUCAGAGCUCCACUAGGCAUAGCCAUGAAUAUGGGUGGAGCACGCAAAACUCCCCAUAAUGGAUUACUAUCUACUUUUCAUUCUGAGACCUGUUGUACCAGCACCGAGCUACCUGAUACCAGGUCUUUGAGGAACCGGUUGGAGCAGAAGAUGGAGAUGGAAGGCAUUGGCAUCUCGCUUGACUGUGCUAAUCUAUUGAAUAACGGAUUGGAUGCAUUUCUAAAGAGGUUGAUCAAGCCAUGUAUGGAUUUAGCUGGAUCAAGGGCUGGACAUGAACACAUCAAGCAAAUAAAUGGCCAAGAUAUAACUGGUUUGAAUGGUGUCUGCCCUGAUAGAUUCAUGCCAAGACCACCUCGGUCAAUAUCUGCAUCUUUGUUGGAUUUUCGGGUUGCAAUGGAGCUGAAUCCCCAGCUACUUGGGGAAGAUUGGCCCAUACAUCUUGAGAGAGUUUGUUUGCAUGCAUCAGAGGAAUGAACAUGAACAAACUAAUCAGCCAAUGCAUAGUAUCAAAUGGGACCAUGAAUUUGAGUUCAUCAUGUAGCGAGGGUCCAAUGUUGCAAGGUAUUGGAAGAGAUUAAGUUGGUCACAUAUAGGUAUCACCAUUUAUGGUCCCAAGAAUUGGACAUAUUUUUACCGUAUAAAGUAAGCUACCAGAUGCUUCUAAGAAAUUCUCUAUUCCCAAGGUCCAAUGUCUUUUUUCAAUGAUAAGGAUUAUUUGUUCGUUGUAUUAAAUUCUACCAGUAAAUAAAGUUUUAUUCGUCUUCA